GUUUUCACCUUAACAAGGGAAGUAACUCAAAAUAAAAAAAUCUGGAAAUUGAAACUGAAAAAAAAAAACGAAUUAAUAUAUACAUUCUGCUUCAAGAAGUUAUAAUAUUAUUCAUUGUCUGUAAAUAUGUUGUUACUGCUGUAAAAUUUGGUAUUGGUAAAGAAACAUCAUUUUUACGUGAGAAGGAAUUAGCCCGAGUAUUUAUUGCAGUAAUGAAGAGAAUGUAAUCCCAAAGGCUACUUGCAUUGGACAAAUAAGUUUUGAGGAAUGAGUAGAGUAGACGCAAAGGUUGUGUUGCUAGGCAAGUCCUAUGUCGGGAAAACAUGUCUCGUCAACAAAUACGUUCAUCAUAGAUUCGAUCCUAAUCUACCGUACCAAAACACUAUAGGUGCAGCGUUUGGAUCUAAGAAGGAGACUGUUAAUGGAAAGUCUUUAAUGUUAGGUAUAUGGGACACAGCUGGGCAUGAGAGGUAUGAGUCAAUGACGAGGAUGUACUACAGAGGGGCAGUGGCCUGUAUUCUUUGCUAUGAUAUAACUGAUAAAAGCAGUUUUGACAAGGCUAGGUUUUGGGCAGGAGAAUUGAAAUCUACACAAGAGGACUGUAGAAUAUAUUUGUGUGGUACAAAGAAAGAUAUUGCAGAUGAUAAUCCAAAUAAGAGGGAGGUGGAUAAAAGAAUGGCAGAGCCAUUAGCUGCAGAUUUUCAAAGUCAGCUGUAUGAAACAUCUAGUCUAACAGGAGAAAAUAUAGAUGAACUAUUUAAACAAAUAGCAAGAGAUAUUAUAGAAAAAAGAGAGACUGCAGUUAGAGAAAACAAAGAACAAGAGGACAGUUUGAACAUGUAUACUGGUCGUGAUUCAGAGAGAAGAAGGGGCUGUGUGUUAUACAAAUGUUGGUCUUGACACAAAGACAGUUUGACAUGUACUCUACAAACUAAUUCCAUAAACUCAAUUGAUUUGAAAUUGUUCAUAUUUUUAUGUCAGACUUAAAAGGACAAGACUUAGGUUUUGCCAUUUUAAGCUUGUCGUUUUGUUUUUUUUAUCUACGAGGUAUUGUCAUUAUUUGAUAUUCUGGGUUAGAUAAG